AUGUCUCUUCUGGAUCCCCGCCAAUUCCUUAUUCCUGCAUUUUACCUGGAUCCCACAACUCAAGCAUUACUUGCUCAAGUGUCUGCUCAAAACUCCUCAGGUGGUGGGAAGAUAAACCUUGCUAACUCAUUCCGUAUUUCUGACCUACUCGAUCCAUCGUCUCAUUCAACCAACGAACCAGAUCCAUCUCCUACAUCAAACAACUCUUCGGAAUCACCAUCAUCCCCACGAAUCGGCAGUCCGAACACCGAAAGAUCGGUCAACGAGAGUCCGACCUGUGUAGGGUCAAAAAAGGCUCGGAAGGCAAGAACUAUCUUUACCGACAAGCAACUUCAAGAAUUGGAAAACACAUUUGAGAAGCAGAAGUAUCUGUCUGUACAAGAUCGAAUGGAACUUGCUCAUCGUAUGGGUCUGACUGAUACCCAAGUCAAGACAUGGUAUCAAAACCGGAGAACCAAAUGGAAGAGGCAAGCUUCAGUUGGAAUGGAUCUUCUUCAUGACGCUGGAAACAUGGCUGCAGUUCAGCAACUUCUCAGAACAAAUCCCUAUUGGGCUAACUACCUGUCUCAGAACACUGCAAUGUUUGGUGGAGCCAACCGUCCGAUGUUCAAUCCACUAGUCGUUCCCAGCUCAAUGGUUUCUAAUAGUAAUUCUCAAAUCUCAUUGCUUCAAUUUCUAGCCGCACAGAAUAUGAAAGAUGAUAUGAACUCCCCUAAAGAUUCUCCAUCAUUGUCUCCGGAUUCCGUUCAGAAAUCAUCAGAUUGUAAAAAUGAUAAGGACGAAGUGAAUGAAAACGAAUAG